GAGAGAGAGUUAGUGGACUGGGCUUCCCUCAGGUGUUUGGCUCCAGUCAUGGCCGGGAACUCAGAGAAAGUACCGAUCGCCUCGGCGGGACCAGAGGACCUGCAUAACUUCAUGCCCCCGGCAUACUCCGCCGUGGCUGUGAAGCCCGCCGCUACCGGCCGCCUGCUGAAGGCCGGGAUCGCGGUGCUCAUCGCCGGAGCCCUGCUACUGCUACUGGGGGCAGUCGGAGCCUUCUACUUCUGGAACAACAAUGAAAAACAUGUCUACAAUGUCCACUACAGCAUGAGCAUCAAUGGCAAAGUGGAGGAGGGUACGAUGGAGAUCGACACGGCCAACAACAUGGAGAGAUUCAGCACCGGCAGCGGGGCGGACGAGGCAGUGGAGGUCCAUGACUUUGAGAUUGGGAUCACAGGGAUCCGGUUUUCAGGAGGAGAGAAGUGCUACAUCAAGACACAAGUGAAGGCUCGUCUGCCUGAUGUGGAGGCUCUCAACAAGGACUCGAUGACAUUCGACCUGGAAGACGAGGUGAUGCCGGCCAAAUUUGAGGACGAUCUGAUCUGGGUGGCGGCUGACACUCCCCUCUCUGACUCCGCCUUCCUCAGCAACAAGAUAAAGGACUUGUGUGGAGAGCUGCCAAUCUUCUGGCUCCGUCCCACCUACUCAACCAGCGGACAGAGGAAGAGGAGGGCAGCCCCCCGCCAGCGCCGCCAGGCAGCGAGGGAGGAGGAAGAGGACGUGGAGGCAGAGCUCAACCCGGAGAACCCCUAUCAGAGAGGCCUUGAGGGCGAGGAGGGCACCAUGAACAUCGACCCCAUGCUGGACCACCAGGGCGUGUGCUGCAACGAGUGCCGUCGCAGCUACACCCACUGCCAGAGGAUCUGCGAGCCGCUGGGAGGGUAUCACCCGUGGCCGUACCACUACCGGGGCUGCAGGGUGGUCUGUAGAGUUAUCAUGCCUUGCAACUGGUGGGUGGCACGCAUUAUGGGCCUGGUGUAAACACCCCCGCCCACCUGGGAGAGAGUAGAGUCCAGGAGGGAGGACACUAGGGAGGGAUGGGGUUCAGCGUUGCCAGAUGUACGAUAUUUAUCGUAUUUGUACGAUAAUUUUGCCCUCUGUACGAAGUAAAAUCAAUAAUGCCGAAAGUGCCUUAAUGUACGAUAUUUUGACAAUUUUGAGACUCUUACACAUUUUUAGCUAUGAUAAGCGUUUGUACAAGAGAUAGCUACAUCAUAGCUACAUCAGCUUGCUUUUUAAAAAAACGGUUGUUUUGUAGGCGUGUCAAAAAGUCGUUUGAAUGCAUGUUUUGUAAAAUGACACAUUUUAUUAUUUGUGCUCGUGGUUAUGACUCAUAAAUGAUCAUUUUAAACCUCUGGUGCGAUAGUUUAACAUUUCCCACCUGGCAACGCUGACAGGGUUCCAAGGGAGGGGAGUCGAUGGGAGAAGUUUAGGAAAGGAAGAUGGUGGCUUCUUAUUGUAAUCUACUGUAGUCGGUUGGAACAAGCAGCAUCAGUAACUUGUGCCCACACAUUAGAAAUGCAUGGUGCAGAAUCUAGGACAGACAUGUUCUCACAUAUAAAAGUACGCAGUGGCUGCAUGCUGCACAGCUUGUCUUAUUAAAAAAACAUACCUGCUAUGGAUUUAGAUCCUUCCGAGCUCCGGUGCAACACGCCGUCAAGAGAACGGAGGUUAUGAUCUAUUGACACCUGCAUUGAUUUCAAAUAUGUAGAACGCCACCCAUGUAUCUAGACGAAAGGCAGGUAAGCUUGUAUUUAUAGAGCUGGUAAUCGUUUCUUUUCUUUCAUUCUUUGAUGUAAAUAAAUGUAUAGGGUGCAAAGUAUUUCAAUAGCAGUCAGCUGGCUUAAAUCACACCUAUUGUUUGUUUCACUUUUCAUCACUGGAGAAAAAUAUUUUUGACUUCUGUGUUCUUAACUUUUUCUUUUCCUAUUACAUCUUCAUGAGUAGCUCUCAUUAAAACAUUGUACUGUACGCUCUCACACACUUUCAUCUAAAUGUACUUUCAUCUGCAUUGAAGAAGCUAUCUCAAAGUGCAAUAUCUCUGAAUAAACCUUUUUUAAGUAAC